AAUAAUGUGGGAUGAAAACAAGCUUCAAAAACCGUCUGCUGCGCGUCCUCAUGGCGUCUGCUAGUUUGACGCCGCUGUGUCCCCAACUGUUGUAUUUAUUGUUCGCGUCAGUUUCGAUAAUUGAAUAUCUGGACGAAAUAAUAUGGAAAUAUACGAUUGCUGAUAUUCAUUAUAUUACCAGUGGACAAAACGUCAUUUGAUUAGCUACAUUUUACGAAAAACCGAGGGCGUUGUCAAGUCCUGACGGUUCCCGAUUGUCAUUUGACAAGUAAAAUUCGUUGUUCGUGACGUCAUUGACAAUCUCCUCAGAAGUCAGACGCAAACGAGACUGAAGUUUAUUUUGACGUUUCUCACGUAUGCAUGCCGACUCAUUUCCGAUGUAUGGUGUGGGAAGGGACAGUCCCGGCGCACUGCUGGAUAUGUUGGCAGAAGUUGCGUCGCAGACAUUGCAUUCAGAGAAAAAAAAAACGGAAUCGGCACAGCCGAUGAAAUCUCAGGCCAAGGGAGAUUCUGUUAAAAAAAAAUGUCAAGAACCGUCUUUUACAUCUUCCCAGUUAUUAUCCAUGCCAGCAACUCAACUGGUAAAACAGUUCUCUGUUUUCACUAGUGAUGAGUUGAAGAGACAGUAUUCUUACACUUGCGCUCUUGUACCUGGAUGUGGACAGAGAUACACCAGCUUUGCUAGCGAGGGGAGAGCCAGAAUGUCAAUCAAGGCACACUUGGCUGAUCACUUGGAUUUUCUCAAGAGAGAUGAAGCAGCUUAUUCUACAUUCACAGCAGUAGCUGUAAAACAUCGAAGCCCAAAGGCAAAUCCUGUAUCUAAAAAACCGAAAGUCCCACCGCAAAAAAAACCAGCAGAGACAUUGAACAAGGAGAACAAGGAUACGAAAUUUGGAAAGUCAACGAACUAUCUUCGCAAAAUACUCUCAAAUGAAAUGAGCUUUACGGAAUUCGAAAAGCAAAAAACUUUAGGUCAACUACACACAGAGGCACGUGUAUUAGAAAUAAAAAAAGAUCCUGACGGAAUAGAAUUCCAGGUUCUAGGGGAUCACAGUUAUUUUGAACAGGUUAAAUUAGAGAACACUAAUGAAAAAGCCACCCGGGAUCUGAGUGAAAUAAUGGUCAAUGAAGCCAUGGAAGAAAAUAUUAUGCUAAUGGUGGUUGAAAGUGACGGAGUUCACAUGAAAGAGCUGCCUUACAUAGCUCAAGAUAUUUCUGUCCACGCUGAACAGAAUGAUACGGAAACAAUCUAUUUACCAGACUCUGUAACUUGGUCAGAAGACGUGUAUGCUAAAAAUAUGGAGACGUCAGUGACUGCGAAACCAAAAGGAAAGGCAAAGUUCAUAGGGACGAGUAAAGAGGAAAGAGAAAUGGCUCUGGCUCUGAUAGACCAUAUAAAACGCAAGGGAAAUCCAGGUGGAGGAAACUUACAGUGUCGUAUUUGCGAUCCUCCCCGUAGUUUCACUGCCCCAACAACACUUGUUUCUCAUUAUCGAAGCCACGCUGGCAUCAAACCUUACGAAUGUCGUAUAUGCAGGGCGGUCUUCACACGAAGACACAGUCUCAAAUAUCAUAUGUUAAUUCAUCAGAAUCAAACACGAUUUACAUGUGCGGAUUGUGGAAAAAAGUUUAGACAUCCAUCUCACUUCAGAGAACAUAGGAGGCGGCAUACUGGGGAAGCACCAUUUGGCUGUGAAGACUGCGGACAAAGGUUCAAGACACGGAACACGUAUAAACGUCAUUUGAAGACACGACAUGGCAAAGUUUUAACAACAACUGGUGAAUUGCUGCAUCUUUCAGAAGAAGAUUUCCAGAAAGUUCGUACCAAUCCUAAGCGACGGUCUGAGACCAAUUAUACUGAAAGUAUGAUGGACGAAGAUGUAACUGCACCAGAGGCAAUUAUGCAAUUUCAGUACCCGGAAUGUAAUGUCCAGGGUGAGAACGGGAUUAGUGAAGAACUUAGAGAAAAUUAUCAAAUGUUGAGCAAAGAUGAUGGAGACCAUAGCGUCAAUGAAUUAUGGAACAAUGAAAAUGUAACAGAAGACGAUGAGAGCAAAGCUGAAGAUUACAGAGAUUAUGAAUAUUUUCAAGAAAAGAAGACUGAUCACACCAAGACUGAUAUAGCUGUAGAAAAUUGUGGGUUUGAGAAUGUCGGCAAUGAGGUGGAAGACUUGGAUUACAACGAAGUCAAGAAUGAAGACGAUGAAACUGUAGGUGAUGGCUGCAUUAGCAUGGAUAUUCGUGAAGGUAAUGAUAUAAGUAAUAUGCAAUAUUCAAAAAGCAGAGCAACUACAUUCAACGAAAACUUGGAUACACAAGAAGAAAUUUUGUAUGAUGAAAAUUUGAGUAGCAAAAAAUUUAGUCCUAUUGAGUAUAUUGAUUGCUGUGACAUCAAAGGAGCACAAGAAGAUGCCACAAUGUACAAAGAGACAGUGGAAGUAUCACAAGAUGAAGAGAAUAAUUAUGACUUAGAAAACGUACAAGAACAGACGAAUAUCGAUUAUUUUGAGGAUAAUUUAAGCAUAGACAACGAGAUUGAGUAUGAGGAAUCGGUCCAAAUAACUCAAGAUACAGAAUUGAAUAUCGAACAAUAUGACAAUAUGCAGAUUACAGAAGAUUGCGACAACUCGCAAAACAUUAAUAUGGAGGGCUCUCUUCAGUCAGAAGAGAUCAAUCGACCGAUGGAUCAACAAAGCAAAGUUCCAAUUGACAGUAAUCUAAAAGCAGAAAUGGAUUUCACAAAUGUCGAAGACAACGUGACUGAUCUGAAUAAUCGGAAUAGCUGUCUUUUAGAUAAUGAACAACGUCUAAGAGUCGAGGGAAUACCAAAAACGGAAUACUCGAACCACUUUCUUUUGCAAGAACAAUCUCCUGCAAGUAAUAAUCUGACUCCACGAGCAAACGUGGCCGUGGAACAUAUCGUUCAAUAUCCGACGACAAUUUAUGAAUCAGAAUCAGGUGUAGCACCCAAUAACGUGCCACGUAUUUUCUUGCAAACGAAUCAAUCGAAUAAUAUAAUAAUACAAAAUAAAGAUUUCGUAAAUUUGUUAACCCAGAGAAUAAAGUUGCAACGAGAUCCUGAACAACUGGAAGUACAAAAUAACGGAAAUGGACAGCCAAAAUCUUUUAACCUCGUUCAAAAUGGAAAAGAAGGUACAAUACUGUUACUAGCAAGCAGCAAUGAUCUGAAGAAUAAUUUUAUGAAAAUCGAUACGAGCACCGGUGGUGCUAGUGGUAUGCAAACAUUACCAGUCAUUGCAGUACAGCAGAAGUAAGUGAGAACACUAAUUUUCGUUAGCUUAUUUAUGUUUGAGGAUUUUAGCCGUUCGCUUGGAGAAAAAAAGACAAAAAACUCGUUGAAUCAUACAAAAAGAAAAAAAUUGAGUAUACAUAUACAAUUAGAGUAAGUUCAUAAAUAUGUUCGAUACAACUAGCGGUAACGAUAACAACAAUAAUAAUACGAUUGAUAAUGAUAAUAAUGAUAACAAUGGAACACUAACGAAACUAGUAAGAAUAAUAAUCGAAAAGAAUCAAAAUAUCUCAUUUGAAGUCAUAAGUGUAAUCAAAACAUACAUGUACCAAUACUUUAUGAACCGUGUGCAUUUAGAAUAAUUCAAAACCUGAACAUGUGUUGCUGUUUUUAUUAAGAAACGAAAAGAAUUGAGUCAAAACCUUGCAAACCGAUUUUAUAACAUGUAGAUUCAGGAUUUCUGUAAUUUUUGAAAUAAGAUUUUUGUGAAUGCGAUGGUACUAUUCAUAAACUGCAUCGAGCUUGGCGAAUAAAUCAAUAAUUGGGAUUAAAUAAUUCCCAGGCGUAUGAUCAACAAUUUGCAUUAGAGCAAAAAUUAAUUAUUUACUUCGAUAAAGGUUUUAACGCAGAAUUCAGAGUGGAUUUUUCUAUAUGAAUCAUUUUAACGUCUAGAAAACGAAAUUGCAAUAAUAAUUGUGAAUCGCUCGCUUUCAAUCCAACAGCAUAAUUAAAAAGCAGGCAGAAGUAAAUGUUCCUUUUGUUUCAAACAUUAACUACAGCAAUCGGUCUAAAGAGUUCACGAUGGUCUUCCGUUCGAGCUAAGCCUACCUCCUAGAUAAUAUCUUUCUAUUUUUCUAUACUUUAGUAUAUAAUUGAGAGAGAGAAAAAAAGAAGGAAAAUAACUAGAUGGUAACUCUAACUGUAGGUGAAUAAAUUUUGUGUUUCCUUUGAGUUGUGUUGGAAAUAAAAUAAAAUUCUUUAAGUACAUGAAAUCCGUAAGUAAUAUUACACGUACCUUUAGGUGAUUGAAGCUUGUUUUUAUUCACUUAAAAAAAGGAGAUAGAUAUAAAUAGUCCAUAUAAAAUAAGAUUACGACUUUCAUGACCAUAUUUGAAAUUGACAGGAAAAACAGCAAACUGAAUGAAUAAAGUUUUAUUAUUGCUCAUAUAUUUUGAAUCUACUAAGAAUGUGGUUGCUAAUUGCUAUUCAAUAAUCGCGAUAUUCUAGCAUAUAGGUAUGUAAUCGCUAUAAAUGAAAUAAGGAAAUUGAAAACCGAUAAAAAAGUAAGCGUGUAGCGUGAAUUAUGAUUUUAAAUCAAUUGUUUCGAGUGAGUUUUCAAAAUUAAAUGAUCAAAUUAUAUGGAUACAUACGUAUAUCAAUUAGACUUACUUGCGAACUGAAUAUUGAGCAAUAUUACUAGAUUUACAUACACAUAUAUAUAUAUAUAUAUAUAUAUAUUCAAACGAAAAAGAUUUCCCAGUUAAAUAUUAGUGGAUAAUAAUUUGUGGAUUGAAGCAUUUAUACCUUUAUGAUUUAUAAGGAAUCAUACAUCUAUAGGUAAAAUACACUUACCUAAAUUCUACGGUUGAGGAUUCUCUGGGGCAUAAAGCCAGCUGUAUAGUAUUUGCCAUUUAGAGGUCAUUGUAGCUUAUGAACGAUAGUCAGAAAUUUCUAUUAUGACACAAGAUCGCGUUGACCGAACUAUAAUUGAAAUAUCACCAUGGCAGCAUAUGAUUUUUCACACAGAAAAAAGUGCCUUAGGUUAAAUACGAAGAUCAUGCCAGAAAUUAUUAUAUGUACUAUAAUUAUGAAAACGCAUUGUGGAAUUAUCAUAGAUCAAGACCACCUGACAUACAUAUGCCCGUAUACAUGAUCCCGCACAAAAGCUCCGCGAAUAUAACUCAUCAUAAUUAUCUAUACUACAUGAACUUGUUGCAAAAGCAAAAAGAAAGAAAAAGAAGAGUGAAGGAAAAAAUAACAUCAUAUAAAUGUUUAAUUAUACAUGAUAUAAUAUUGUAUUUUUGUACCAUUUUGUAUUCACCUGUAUGUAAUAAAUCUCGUUCAGUCAAUUA